ACGGCGCAUACAUUAUAUCGAAACACAAGCACGAGCUCGUGUCGGGUCUACACUAGUAUCCGCAUAGAGGGACGCGCGGAAAAAAGGCAGAACCGACUACACAAGCCCCGGGAAAAAUGUGAAGGGACAUGUUCGGCUCCCCGUCAACCUAGUGCCUUGUCUCCUAUAUUCCUACAUAUUGCAGACUUGAUCCGGAAAUUAUGACAGUUAUUGGCGUUGCCUUGGUAAUUUCUGGCCUUACGGCGGCCGGUGUCGGCCUGGCUGCGGUUUGGGUAAGGUUCUGCAGAUCAUGUGACUUGCAGAAACUCAUCGAUUACAUCUGCAGGCGAAACGAGGAGAGGACCAACCUCAUACAAACGGAUUAUGGCACAGCAUAUCAGGUCGACCAAUCCACCGACAUCUCUGCGCCAGAUGAUCCUGAUUCCGGGGGGUUUGUCGAGUACGAAAACAUCUUCGCCAAGGCAGAGCAGGCCAUCUCGGCGGCUGCGCAGGAGUCCCACGCGCAUGCAGCCAACCUGCUGCCAGACACCGAGCAGCAGGAUGGCGCCGAAACCUCGCGCGACGGAUCUCCAGACGAGCUGCUCAUGCGCAAACUCGUCCGGUGCUACUCAAGCGAAUCUCUGAGCUCGGUGACGUCAGAGUCGUCAGUGCAAGAGAAUUUCAUGAACGUAGCUGGACAGAUUGAAGUCGUCAUGGACUACUCGACUGAACAGAACCGCUUCACGCUGACGCUGGUCCAAGCUACGGACCUGAAAGCCAGGGAUAAUGCCUCACCCUCAGAUACCUAUGUCAAAGUUCACCUGAUGCCAGAACACGAGUUGAAAGGUCAAACGAAGGUGUACCGCAAAAGUCUGAAUCCAGUGUACAACGAGCGCAUUACAAUCAAGAUGGCCAAGGUGGAUCUCGCGGAUCACUCCCUCAAAUUCACUGUGUUCGCCUACGACCGACACGCACGUCACGAGGCAGUUGGAGAAACGGUGCUGAAGCUUGGCGACGUGGAUCUGCUGCCUGGACCAUUUAGUACCUGGCUCAAUCUAAGUGACAUAAAUGAGAAACCCGCCGACUUGGGCGAUAUCUUGUUCUCACUGAGUUACCUACCCACAGCCGAACGGUUAACUGUGGUCAUUGUCAAAGCACGGGGUCUAAAGUGGACGGAGAACAAAGUCACUGCAGAUCCGUUUGUGAAGGUCUACCUGCUUCAAGGUGGCAAGAAAAUAAGCAAGAAGAAAUCGUCCAUCAAGAGAGGUGACAACUGUCCUAUCUUCAACGAGGCCAUGAUGUUUGCAGUACCUUCCAACAUUCUGGACAAAGUUACCAUUCGAAUCACCGUGGCCGAGAACGCUCCCGGCGGAAAGAUCCCAAGUAUCGGCCACGUGCUGGUGGGCUCGAGUUGCAAGGGUGCCAACUUGACCCACUGGAACCAAAUGCUGACCGUCCUGCGCCGUCCGAUCGCCAUGUGGCAUCCAUUGCGCAAAUAAAUACAGUUCAGCACGGUAGCUACCGUAGACCCACUUCUUGUUAAGGAAUUUUGUAUGGCCGUACUAGGCAUUGAUGGUAAAGCCGCAAUCAUUUAUUGUGUUACAAAUUAUCCUUUCUAAAAGAACACUCCUUCCGAGGUUUCUGCUUAUUGUGAAUGUGCCUGAAUCUUUACCUGUGAUGUAUUUAUUCUAUCUCGGUUGUGAACUGAAGGAAGCUUAAAUGAAAUGGCUGGGGUAUUUUCCUGAUAUUUUAAGAAAUCUUUUUACCAGUCUGUUAUUUCAGCAUUGGUUUGUCAAUAUAUUCAUUGGGAGUAUUUUGGCUACUUCCUUUCUUCUAAGCAUUUUACAGUGUGUCUGAAAUGCAGCUUUCCACGUGCACGUUUACCAAUGUCGAGAACAAACGAAAACACACACUACUCACGUACUCCUCAAUAUUCGAACAUUAACACAAAUUAAAUGCAAAUGCAUUAAUUUACACUACCAUACCUAUUUGAAAAGCAAGUACACGUUUAAUAAUUUUGUAGUUUUUCAAGUCUUUUCACCGUAAAAGGUCCAGUCGGAACCGGCUGAUAAUACCAUCCCGUAUAUUUCCCCAGUCAUUCUAUGUUUCAAGAAUAUCUUGUGCUCUAUUUGGUAUCACUUAAUUACCGAUUGUUCACUCUAAAAAGGAUCAGUCAAAUGUGACUAGAAUUCAGUAAAAUUUGACUAGCUCUUCAGGGUCAGCUAGGUGCAUCUGGAAACGAGUCAAUCUAACUUGAUUUUUUUUUCAGUCAGUUCAUUGAUAUUUCAAAAGGCAUCGAAUAAGAAUCUUGUCAGAAAGCAUGAUUUGCCAACGUAAGCUUAGGCGUUUGACUGAAUCCGUAGUCAAUUUUGAACAACUAGGAAAAUUGAUCAACAUUUUGACUACGUUGAUUAAGAGUGUUGGCAUGUCGUAUAAACUAAUAUACAUUUUCAAAUGGUGUAACAUGAAAAAAGUGCUGUAUUUCAUUAAAGGAGACCUGCAAGAAAUGAACAACAUUAGAAAUUAAUUGAGAUACCUCAUUCGUCAACGUGGAACUUAGCAUUUGCAUGAAACAUGAGCCUGCAUAUCACGCCAACUUCCAAUUGAAAGAACUGCUAUGAUAUACCAUAGACGCGGGGCGCCCCCCAGUGGCGAGAUAUUUUGUUGGUCAUGUUACAGUUAAAUACAACAGCAUGUAGCUUUUCGACUUGCUAAGAAUUGUUGACUAUAUCCAGUGACCAUAACCCAAACAUUGCAUGCCAAGUACCCUCAAUUGCCAUGCGUAAACAAGCUUUAUGCUAUCUUGGGCCACGCCGUAUUUGUUUUAAAAAGUGAAUCUUCCAAGGCAUAAACUUGAGACAGGAAAUUCUCUUCUAAUUUUGAGGGGAGAAUACUGUACACUUUAAUUUGAGCUCGUGUAGCAAAAAGUUUUAAGCGAAACUAAAAUUGAUCCUUAACAUAGUAUUAUAAGAAAAAGUACCUUUAUACUUAAAUACCAGCCACUAAAACUGUUUUAAACAUACUAAAUACGACUUUAACAACAAUAUGAAAUAGAUAAUCAUAUUAUAAUAACAAUGAUAGUCCUGUGCUCUAUUUCUUUAGAUUAUCCUCUCCUGUUUGCAAAAUAUCCUUGUCUCAAUGCCGUCCCCUGAGCGUUUUCAGUGCAAUUGUACCUAAAAUCGUGUAAUAAAGUUAUAUUUUUAUUUUACAAACUUGUAGAUUAUCGAUAGCUACAAGCCCAUGGCAAGUGUAUGAACAUUCGGAUUUAAAUAUUUAAGUAGAACCUCCUUGUGAGAAACCUACGACUAUUUCUUAAUUGAAGUUGGUGAAUGAAUAAAUUACUUUUGAGAUGAACAAAUA